AUGGCUUUCAACUUGCUGCAAUUGGUCAGAGAAAAUAUCCGCACCCUCGAACCUUACAGGUGUGCCCGUGAUGACUUCAAGGAGGGAAUCUUGUUGGAUGCUAACGAAAACACCCACGGUCCAGCCUUGGAAUCCAUAUCAACUUGGGAACAGGCAUUGGAGUUGAAUAGAUACCCGGACCCCCACCAGAUCGAGUUAAAAGAACAAAUCGCUGCUUUUCGUAAUGCCUUGCCCAACAAGUAUUUGGACGACUACGAGCAGAACAAGCUCACUCCCCAGAACUUAUGUCUUGGCGUCGGAUCUGACGAAAGUAUCGACAUGUUGAUGAGAUGCGUAUGUUCUCCAGGAAAGGAUAAGUUGUUGAUCUGUCCACCCACAUACGGCAUGUACUCUAUCUGUGCUACCGUCAACGAUGUGCAGAUGGUCAAGGUUCCAUUGACUCUUCCAGAUUUCGAAGUCGACGUAGCAGGUGUAUUGGAUGCUGUAACCAAAGACUCCACCAUCAAGUUGGUCUACUUGACGUCUCCUGGAAACCCUACGGCCAAGUUGUUGAGUGUUGAUGGCAUUGUAGAGUUGUUGAAGUCUGCCGAAGAGAAGUGGAAUGGUUUGGUGAUCGUGGAUGAAGCAUAUAUAGAUUUCACCCUGAGUGACGACCCACGGAAGUCAUUGUCAGUGUCUACGUUGGUCAACGAGUACCCCAACCUUGUUGUGAUGCAGACGCUAUCCAAGUCAUUCGGUCUCGCUGGAAUUCGGUUGGGUAUUACUUAUUCCAGUAAAGAAUUGUCUGGAUACUUGAAUGCUAUGAAGUAUCCUUACAACAUCUCGUCAUUAACGUCUGCUGUGGCCAGCAGAUCUACUGCUCCGGGAACAGGACUUGAGGUGAUGAAAAAAUUCGUCAAUGAGAUCAUCAGCCAGCGAGCAGUUGUGUUGAGUGAGUUGCAGAAGCUUCCAGGCGUUGGACGCAAUAUUGGAGGGUUGGACGCCAACUUCAUUCUUAUUGAGAUUCUUGAUAAGGACGGUGUUCCAUCGAACGAGGUGGCCAACAAACUCUAUAACAAGUUGGCAGUGGAGAAUGGGGUUGUUGUUAGAUUCAGAGGAAAGGAGCCCAACUGCACAGGUGCAUUGAGAGUAUCCAUUGGAACUGUUGAAGAAAAUAAGAUAUUGGUGGAUAAGUUCGCCAAGUGUCUUUUGGAAGUUCGUGGAUGA